AUGUUUUUCAGAAUGACCAAUUGCUUCAAGCAAUCGUGGAGAACUCAACGUGGAAACAAACUUUUAAAUAAUUGCAUGAAAUGUAUUCAUACGUCACGCCACACUCCCGGGCAAACUUGUUACAAACUAAAUGGCUUACGUUACACUACACAAAACUAUUUCAGAUUACAUUCUCCAUCCAUGACGUAUAGAGAACGCUGGAUUUUUACUUCAGCGUGUGACCUGGGCGUUAAUAUUCGACCGGUAAAGAUAACGUCGCGGCUGGCUGCCGACCAGCUUAUUAGAGACAUGGACGAAGCGGAAUUGAAUCGUCUAAGUAGAGCUUUAGAAGAUUUGAAAGAAGAAAUAUAUUUGGAAAAAAUUUCGGAAGAAGAAGCGCCAUCUUUUCAAUCGCUUGUUUUGUUGGCGUUUAGUAAUUCCCUACCUUUCAUUGGAUUUGGUUUCCUUGACAACGCCAUUAUGAUUGUAGCGGGCGAAUAUAUUGAUAUAAAAGUGGGUGCCAUGCUAGGAAUUUCCACUAUGGCUGCUGCUGCAUUUGGUAACAUGAUUUCCGAUGUUGCUGGAAUCGGAUUGGCGGGUUAUGUGGAAGCACUUGUUGCUCGUAUGGGGUUCGAUGGACCAAGGUUAACUUCAAAGCAACUAACAAUGAGGGCAACUCGUGUUGCAUGCCAUACUGGUCGAGCAGUUGGAAUUGUAAUUGGUUGUAUUGUCGGAAUGUUUCCUUUGCUAUUUUUCUCAGAUGACGAACAUAAAGAAUCGUCCCGUAACGAAACGAAAAAAGAAAAUUAUAAAUUAUAAAUUUUCCAAUAUUUUUUUUCCAAUAUUUUUUUCCUUAAUUUUUUAUUACUUAACUAUCAGAUAUACUUUAGGAGAUGCAAUAUAUUACGAAAUUAAUUAGUUGCUGUUUUUUUUAUUUAUUUUUUACCUUCAAGAUAAUAACUAAAUAAAUAAUCAA